GCAAAGCUAGCUAAAAUGCCGGAGGCUCCCGCACGUAAUCCGCUUGAAGGAUUCCUCAACGCCGUGCAGGCAACCAUCGACGGUCCUGUGACUUGGUUCCGCGAGAAAAUUGUUGAACCGAACCGGCAAACGUACCCGUGGUAUCAUCAGAAAUUUCAUCGUGUACCGACGAUCGAUCAAUGCUACACGGACGAUGCAGUUUGCAUAUUCGAAGCGAAUCAACAAUUCCGCCGCGACAAAAUGGUCGACAACGAAAUUCUUGCAAUCCUACGCCAACGCUUUGAGGACUGCGUGAUGUACGAACAGCCGGACCACGCGCGUAAGUGCCGAUCGAUUCUGGAUACAUACGAAAAGGCGUCCGAGAAUUGGUUCAUCAAGUAUGGUGACCUCGGUGGCUAUGCUAAUGCCAAAUCGGCCUACAUGAAGCAGAAGCAUCGCAUGAUCUGGGAAAGACGCCACGGUCCGGUCGGCACGGGCAUGAAAACUGCCCCCGGUGAGGAAGAUGGUACAGGUGGGCACUAGAAGCACAACUUGCUUAGCCAGGACGAUAGUGGCACAGCCAUCGUUUUUUUUUGUUAAAAUAAUUCUUCCUCGCUCGCUUGAUCGAUGAUCGUUCGUCGGGGAAGAAACGCGUAGUUGUGAAAAAAAACGCCGAAAGAGCAUGUCGCGCUCACAAUCUAUUGAAUUGGAGUGUAAAUAUAAGAUGCAACCAAAA